CGACGUCCAGCCGAGGUCACAGUGUUGUGUAAUGGCAGCGUUUGCAGAAAGAUCUCGUGAACGCUGCAUUUGUGGGCACUCCUCUGACGAAACUGGUCAUCCUCUUUGACGAUUGUGGUAAAUUAACGUUCUGAGAACCAUGUUUUGCCGGGUUUUAGGGCAGAGCGUCCCGACCUUGGUGAGAGGACGUCGCGAUCUGCUGCUAUAUUUUCCCGGUCAGUGUCGCCUGCUCACAUCAGGUCCCCUGCAAGCCUACACCAAGGCCCUCCAGCACCAGCACUUGUUGCCUGAUGACCAGCAGCAGGCAGUAGUGGCCAGGAUGCAGGGUCUGUACAACAGACUGAAGGACUACCAACCACCCCAACCUGAAGCAACACAAGAUGAAGCAAGUGAAAAGCAAGCCGAUAAGACAAAGUCAGAAGGAGAAGGCAGUCUGGAGUCGAGUGAAUCCCCUCCCCUGUUCAGACCACCCCCAGGCCUCUACCUUCAUGGAGAGGUGGGCUGUGGGAAAACAGCUCUUCUAGACCUGUUCUAUGCCUCAGCACCCACAGAAGCCAAGAGGCGUGUCCACUUCCAGUCCUUCAUGCUGCACUUGUACUCAGAGAUCAACAGGUGGAGCCUCUGCACAGACGGGCUGGAGUUGGACCAGGACGGCCCCAUCCAGACCAUCGCUCGUCAAAUCCUCGGGGACGCCUGGCUGAUCUGCUUCGAUGAAAUGCAGUUCAGUGAUUACGGGACCUCUGCUCUCUUGGAGGGCCUGUUUGCUCACAUGGUCGCCGACGGCGCCGUCAUUGUUGCUACCUCCAACCGGGACCCACACAGUCUGGGAGCAUCGUCAUUCAGCCUCGAGAACCAGUCGAAGGAUCGCCAGUCCAACCUAGGUAGACUGCUUAGCGAGAGCUGUGAGAUUGUACACAUCGACUCAGGGACAGACUAUCGGCUGCUCCAGUCUGUAGGGCAGCAGGCCUACUUUUAUCCCAUAUCCCCCCUGAAUGAAGACAUGCUUGACCAGGCAUUCAAGGCUGCAGUGGGAACGGAGGACGUGACGCCAUCAAGCGUCACUGUCUACGGGAGAAAGGUGAAGGUCCCCAUUUCAACUCAAUCAGGCGUGGCUCGCUUCACCUUCUCUGAACUCUGUCGCUCUCCCUUAGGACCGGCCGACUACCUCACGAUUUGCAACAACUUCAGCACGAUUUUCAUCGACCACAUCCCGCAGAUGACCAUCUACCAGAAGAAUGAGGCGCGGAGGUUCCUGAGCUUCAUCGACGCCGCGUACGAAACGAGGACCAAAAUCUUCUGCACCGCCCAGGCUAGACCUGAGGACCUGUUUCUGCUGAUCCCGUCGGAGGGGGAGGGGCGGGAGGCCCAGGCCAUGGAGAUGGAGAUGAUCGGGGAGAUGGCGUUCGACAUGAAGCUGCUGAGGGGGAUGGACGCGCGACACAUCCCCAUCCUGUCCGGCCGAGACGAGAUCUUCUCCUUCCGCCGGGCGAUCUCGCGGCUGAAUGAGAUGCAGAGCCGCAGCUACCAGGCCCGUCCGCACGCCCCUCAGGAGUUUGUGCCGUACGUCGGGACGGACUCAGAACGCACGCAGAGCAACAACCGUCGGAAGGAGAUGUCACAACUGAGGAGGCAACGGGAACUGGAGGCCAACCCAGCGGCAGACAAGGCCGUGCCUCUCACCCCCAUGAUGAAAAACGACUGGGGAGACUGGGAGGAGGAGGCCAGCUACACCACCUGGAGCAGAGAUGUCAUGAAGAAGGAACUGAUGGACAAGAAAAGGAGGACCAUGAACGAAAGGGACCCCCCAAAAUUCACAGAGGAGCAUUUCUGGGGGUUUGGGUGGUGGGAGAGGGUCCUGAAGAAGAGACAGGAAAAACUGAUGAAAAAGGAGGCGGCAGUAGAUACAGUGACUGAACCAAGGCGAUAGUUACUCCCCAGUAGGACAACCUCUUGCUGUGUAUGCUAUGGUAGUAUAGGUUUGGCCCAGGAAAUUGGGGGGAGGACCCAAAAAGUGUUAGCUGGUCUGUUACUCCAAAGGGCGGUUAGACCAGGUAUACAGAUGUUUGAAAUUGAUCGCAUUUAUUUUUCCUUCAGUA